ACCAUAACUGCUGCUGAUACGUCACCUCUUCAGCUGUCUGAGAGCUCCCAACAGAGAGAAAUGGCUUCAAUUCUGCCUGUGCUUCUUCUAGGUUUAUUCCUUCAGUGCACACCAAGCUAUUCAAAGCAUCCUUGCAUGUUAGAAAAUGCAGUGGGUGAAGGUAACUUUAAUGUUACCGUCAGUCCACACUACUACAAACCAAACACAACCUACAAUGUUACCACUUCAGGAAUGGGAAGCAAAGUAGCGGUCACACUGACAGCUUACAUGAAUGGAUCUUCCAUAGGGACAUGGGAAAAUGAAAAUGAAAAUGUCACAAAUUGUGCAGGAGUCACAAGGGAGGGGAGUCUACCCAUAACUGAACGAUGGACUUCACCUAAUGACAUCGCCAGUUAUGUUAACUUCAGAGCAUGCAUCAUGAUGGGAAAUGCAACAUAUUGCCACAACAAAACCAUUAAAAAAGCUUCUGACGACAUGAACACUUCCACUGCAAUGACUACACACGUUUAUACCAACAUGACCACUAUGAAAAUGCAGGCACUUCUCCAAUGACUACACACGUUUAUGUCAACAUGACCUCUCCUACGACCAACACUACUACACCAUACUAUAUGACCCUCCACCUCAACUAUGAUGAAAACCACAACUGAAAACGCUGCAGGAAUGGUUAUUAGCUUCAAGCCACUGCAUGCAUUCACCUGUAUGCUUCUGCUCCUUUUUACAGCCCCAGAAUUGCUGUUAUAAAGGGUAUAAAUGAAGAUUUUCAACAUUCCUAUUCUAAAAGCUUUUAAUAAUAACAAUUGUUGUACUUUCACUGUUCAGUAUCAAACUUAAGGGACCAAAAUUGGGAAAUGCAAUUUAAAGGAACUUUUAGUAAAAGAAACAUUUAUCAGAUAUUGCAUUCUACUUCUCAGACUCUAACGUUCUCUCAGAACCAAGUACAAACACAUUCCGUAGACUGCAUCCUUCUCCUUGAUGGACUUUGAAACAGGGUGAAAAUGGUUAUUUUAUUCUGUAUAGAACUCUAUAUCGAACAAAACCCUUUUAGAAAUAUAAACCCCUUUAGAAUAUCAGACAAGUCCUUGAAUUUGACAAUAUGGGUCUACUUCAGGAUUUUCCUUAAUAUUCAUUCAUUCAGUGAGAUUGGUAGAAUUGGUGUGUUCAUACAAUUCAGUUACCUCAUUUAUUUUAUUUUAUUUGUCUUUCUAUAUCAGGAAGCCCAAGUUAUCACAAACUGAGUAUUUAAUUUCUUCUAGUUGGAGGUGAAAGCAGAAAGCCUUAAGCAUUUUUGACCAGCUGUGGAAAUGCUGAUCUAUUCCAGCUUCUGUGACAUGAAGUUGCUUUACCAACAAACCAUGUAAAGCUGCAGGUCAGCAGUGAUGACAAUUCAUCAAGAGAAACCUCAACAUUCAUAUCCCUGCACUUCUAAAUAAAACUCUGUAUUGCUAAUUCUAUUCUAUUCAGAAAAUUAGAAGUAUCUAUUAGAAUAACAAUUCAAUAAUCUAAACUCCAAUGAAUAAUUCUAUAACUGUGAAGAAAUUCCUAAACUAUAUUUUUACUAGAGUUUAUCUGCAAUUAAGUAGAAGUUAAUGACAGCCAACUCCUACCGAAAUUGUUUUUCUAAUAUAAUUGAGCUGCAAAAGUCAUUAAAAAAAUCAAGGAGACUAAGUGUCACUUCCUGACAAUAAAAUCUUUUGAUUGUUGAUGUCCCUAUAGGAAAAUCCGAUCAACUGAUUGUCUUUUAGCUAAUGAGAAAAAUUUUGCUUCACCUGAGUGUGGCACAAUACAAAUACCAAUUAAGUCAGCAAUUGACUUCCGCUUAAUAUUAAUCCAUGGUGUGCUUUAUCCCUGAUUUAACAUAGUGUUGUAAACACAGAAGUGAUAUUAUCACACAAGUUUCUCUGUUUGCAAAUUCAUAAUGACAACAUUAAAACAUCUGCUAAACUUGGACAUAUAACUUUCAUCCUAUAAUCAUAUUUGUUGGUUUUUUGACUACCUUCCCUCAGUGAAGUUAUUCAGUGUAAAAAUACUCUUCACUUUGCCUCUGACUUCAAAUUUCAACAGUUCUUAAUCACAAACAACAUUGUUGAUCCAAAAUGAUCGUUUUGGUAUUAGUUUCUUCACUGUUCUUUAAUGAAAUAUUAACUUGGUUGAUGUUUGUUAAUGCAGAACAUUGCACAAUUCUAGGCAAUCCUAGCAUGAUACCAAAGGCAGUAAUCUUUUGAGGCAGAGACCAUGUUAUGAAGAUUUGCAGACACAGGGUUGCAGCCUGAAGAAUGUAUAGGUUAUCUUGUCCUUCGAGAUAAAGCCAUGGUGGAAAACUAUAAGACACAUAUUAAACAUUUUAUAAAUGCAAUGAAGUGAUUUAUAAGUAAUUGUUGAAUUAAUUAAUAAUAAAAAAAAUGAACUUGA